AUGAACCCAACCGCCGGUAUGUUCCCCAGGUUUCCGCCGCCGCCGCCGAUGCCUUUCUACUACACGUCCCCAAUGCAGCCGCCGCCGUUCUACUUCCAUGCAGCAGUUCCCGUGCCGUCGUCCGCGGUGCCGGUGCGCUCUGUGUGGGCGUGGAACUUCAGGGAGGAAUCUGACAAGCUCUGCCACUUGGCCUGGAACGCCCGGUACGUCGCCGUCGACGUGCACUACCCGGGCCUCGUCCACCACGCGGACCGGAACCAUAACAUACUCACCGUGGAGGAGCGCUACGCCGUCCUGAAGGCCAACGUCGACGCCCUGAAGCCGCUCCAGGUGGGCAUCGCGCUCCGCGACGGCCACGGCCGGCACCUCGGCGCGUGGGAGUUCAACCUCCGCGACUUCUGCGCCGUGUCGGACCCGCACGACGAGAACUCCCUCGCGUACCUCGCCGGCCGCGGCCUCGACGUGGACAGGCUCCGCGUCCGCGGCCUCAGCGCCCAGAUGCUCAGGGAGAAGCUGCUGCGUUCCGGCCUGUUCGACCCUCGGUGUGCGCGAUCGUGGAUCACCUACGCCGGGGCGUACCACGUUGCGUACCUCCUAAAGAUCGUCACCGGCGGCGCCCCGCUGCCGCAGGACAUGGCCGGGUUCGUCAACGCCGUGCGGCGUUACUUCGGCGACCAGGUCUACGACGUCGCGAGGAUGGCGGCCGACGCCGACUGCCCGGCCAUGCCCCUGGGGCUGGAGCGCAUCGCCGAUCACCUCGGCUUCCGUCCGCCGUUGGGGAGCCCUCGCCUCGCGGCUGCCGCCGGCGUGCACGCGCUGCAGGUCUUCAUGCGGCUCAAGUACAGAGAGUUGGGCGGCGACGUGGAGAGACACAGAGGUCUGCUUCAAGGCCUGCACUAG